AUGGCGACCACCGACGCUGUUAUCUCUCGCACCGAGACUCUCAACAAGUACCUCAAGCUCGACCAGAAGGGCAGCAUCAUCGCCGAGUACAUCUGGAUUGACGCAGAGGGCGCAACUCGCGCUAAGGCCAGGACUCUCAAGGACGAGGGCAAGACCCCCAAGGUUGAGGAGCUCCCCAUCUGGAACUUCGAUGGAUCGUCCACCGGCCAGGCCCCCGGCGACAACUCUGAUGUCUACCUGAAGCCCGUCGCUAUCUUCCCCGACCCGUUCCGCGGUUCCCCCAACAUCCUUGUCCUCGCCGAGUGCUGGGACGCCGAUGGCACACCUAACAAGUUCAACUUCCGACACGAGUGCGCUAAGCUCAUGGAGGCUCACGCCGAGCACGAGCCCUGGUUCGGUCUCGAGCAGGAGUACACCCUCCUUGACCUCUCCGACCGCCCCUAUGGCUGGCCCACCAACGGCUACCCUGCUCCCCAGGGCCCCUACUACUGCGGUGUCGGCGCUGGCAAGGUUGUCCAGCGUGAUAUCGUCGACAGCCACUACAAGGCUUGCUUGUACGCUGGCCUGAAGAUCUCCGGCACCAACGCUGAGGUCAUGCCCGCACAGUGGGAGUUCCAGAUUGGCCCCUGCCUGGGCAUUGAGAUGGGUGAUCACCUUUGGAUGGCUCGUUACCUGCUGAACCGCAUCGCUGAGGACUUCGGCGCCAAGAUCUCAGUCCACCCCAAGCCCAUCCCCGGCGACUGGAACGGUGCUGGUCUCCACAGCAACUUCUCAACCAAGGAGAUGCGCAAGGAGGGCGGUAUGAAGUACAUUGAGGCUGCCAUCAAGAAGCUCGAGGGCCGCCACAAGGAGCACAUUGCCGUCUACGGCGAGGACAACGACAAGCGUCUGACCGGUCGUCACGAGACCGGUGCCAUCGACCAGUUCUCCUGGGGCAUUGCCAACCGUGGUGCCUCCAUCCGUAUUCCCCGUGAAGUUGGCGCCAAGGGCUAUGGUUACUUCGAGGACCGCAGACCUGCCAGCAACGCCGACCCUUACCGCAUCACCGGCAUUAUUAUGGAGACAUGCUUCGGAGGUGUUUCGGAGUAA